UUAUAGCUUCUGUUCUAUUAAGCAAGACUUGAAUGCCUGCUAGAACCUCAUUGGACAAAGGGAGUCCUAAAUCAUUAUAGCUGAGCAUGUCUUUCUGGCAAACCAGUUCUCUUAUCUUGACAAUGACACUGCCUUAACCUGGGAGUGAUAAAGAAGAACUCCAACACGCAGUCAUGGAAUUGUGCUUGCACAAGAUAUUCAUGAGGACCAUGUCCUUCAUUCUGUCUGUCUUGAUCUUUACCUUCCUCACCAUGUACCACCUGGGCCCUUCACUAAAGAUAUUCCAGAUCAUGAUGUGGUACAAACGCCGGAAAAGAGGCGUGAAGGUUAAAUAUGUGGAGCAUGACGGCUAUAGGUUCUGUUACUUCUCCCGUGGCAAACCUGGACUCCAGCCCUCCAUUCUGAUGCUUCAUGGGUUCUCAUUCAACAAAGAUGUGUGGUUAAAUGCCAUCAAGCUCUUUCCUAAGGGCCUCCACUUGGUCUGCCUUGACAUGCCUGGACAUGGAGAAACUACUCGCUUGCCAGGAGAAAGUUACACAGCAGCUACUCAGGCUCAAAGGAUACACCAGUUUGUCAAGUGUAUCGAUAUGGAUAGACAGCCUUUCCACUUGGUUGGCAUUUCCACAGGAGGAAUGGUAGCUGGGCUUUAUGCUAUACUUUAUCCAUCUGAGGUCUGCUGCAUAUCACUCCUGUGUCCAACUGGUCUGAGGUACCCAGCAGAUAGUGACUUGGGCAAGCACUUGAAGAAGCAGAAGCAAUCCAUGAAAUCGGACAACUUCCUUAAACUUGGUUUGUACCAUUCCAGCCGAACAAAUCUGCAGCUUCUCAAGGGAUAUCUUGCAGCUUCAAGACCAGAUAAAGCUUUUUAUAUAAACUACUAUUUAGACAUCGCCAGUGCAAAGUCCAAGUACAGCCUUCAUGACAACAUGAGUAAGAUCAGAGCUCCCACCCAGAUCAUUUGGGGAAAGGAUGACAAGGUGCUCGACCCUUCAGGAGCUGACAUUUUAGCCAAUGCUGUUGUCAAUUCCCAAGUCCAUAUGUUGGAGGAAUGUGGACACUUCAUAGUGCUAGAUAGGCCCAGAAAAUCUGCAAAGCUCCUCUUGCAAUUCUACCAUUCAGUCUGUGGCAAUGUGGAGAGUAAGAUAUGGGCAUAAUACCAUUAAGGAAUCAAAGUGAUGGCUUAUUCCUGUUGGAAAUAGCAACCUUCCAUGACUCCAUUAACUGUUUGUAAAUAUGUAUAAUUGUUAGCCUAUCUUGUAUGUACAUUUUUGGUUUGCCAGUUUGACUGUACCUCUUUGGUGUGGGAAGGGCUUCAGACACAGGACUCCAUUUUGUAUUCAGUUUGCAUCAGACCUCAGUGGAGGUGGAUGCAUGUUGCUGUUUGUACUUAGUAGAGAAGUAUGAUUUUCAGACUUUAGUGAGUACAGUUAUACAGUUUGGACUAUAUCUAUAUGCUUAAAGACAUGGGACUAUGGACUUGCAUGCUGAAUAUAUACAAGAAAUUUGUUAAUAAACUUGAG